AUGCUGGGAAGAUGGUCAAAGCCUCUCAAAUACUUUCUUAUUUUCUGUUGUAGAAUUGUAGAUAUUCCCUCAAAGAUAUUUAUAAAGGACCAUUCAAAAGAGAUCUUGCUUCUUAGAGACUUUAAGAUCAAUGAAUUCAAUACUUGCCUUUUUAACAUACUUUGUUCCCUCGCAGAUCUUCUUUUUUCCUUGAAAGUGCGGUCUUUUGACUACUUCCUUCUCAGCUCCCUGUUCCCAAAUGAUCUUUCAAGCCUUGAGAAUUUUAUAAUCCACUUCAAAAUUCAGGAACUGUAUCCCUUUUUGUGUUUCUAUGAGCCUUUUUAUCUUCUCAAGCUUCCCAGCAAGUUUUCAAACCUUUUCCAUUUAAAUAUACUGUUAGGCACAAAUCUUAUCCGUGGGAGAUCCGUAAGUCUACUCAAUUCUCUUUCAACGGUCUAUCUAAAUGGUCUUAAUUACUGUCAUUUUCCAAGUCUUAGCGGAUUUUGGUACCUCCUUAUGUGUAUGGUAGAGCAGUACUCAGGUCUUAGCUACACUUUAAAUCUGAUCUAUGGCAAUUUUCUUUCAGAUAAGGAUCCUCGACUUAUUCCAGUGUAUAAGAAUGGGUCUUCUUUUAUUAGCUAUCUUCCGUUCAUUUUGAAAAGCAAGUUUCUCAAUCUUUAUUUUGCAAUAGCUCUUGUCUUUGAAUAUCUAUACAUGAAUUUUAAAUGCAGUGAAAUCGUCAAUACAAACUUUCUUUACUGGACUAGUCUUCUAUUUGUUAGUCUAUACAUUUGGGACCUGAAAUUUGGAUCUCUAUCUAAUGCAAAAACGGGUAGUCAAUGA